UGUGAUUGGACUGUUAAACUGGACUGUUGACGUCUGAUGUAAGCGAAACAGGUCUUUAAGGUGAUGUUUACAUGUUUAGAGUAAUAAUGAAGACUUAAAGUCGGUCGGUCGGUUAUAAGUAAAUAUUUUAAUCACUGCCUCAUCGACGAUCUGAUUUCCUUAACUCGUCUUUGACCCACUUCCGGAUAAUCCCUCAAGUUUGUGUUAUGGCGAGCACCCUGGUCUCCAAGUUGUGUCACCGUCCUGUGAUUACAAAGCUUGCACAGGUGUGUCUCAGGUCCGGCUGCGGGUCUCAGGGGGCACCAGGGACCAGACAUCUCUCCACCGAACCCCCUCCGGAGAAAAUCAGCCGAUACCCAGUACCUUACAAAAAAGACCUGCCUUAUGACAUAGUGGCGUUUAUGGAAGAGGUGGAGUCAAAGGGAGGCUUUUUGCCAAAUGUCUUCAAAGUCCUUUCUCACAGACCAGCAGAGUUUAGAGCCUUCUUCUCUUACUAUGGAGAACUCAUGAACAAAGAGACAGGCGGACUUACCAAGGCUGACCGUGAGCUAAUUGUUGUGGCAACCAGUAUCCACAAUAAGUGUCUCUACUGUGUGGUAUCCCAUAGUGCAUUGCACCGCAUCUACUCAAAGAAGCCCACUCUUUCGGACCAGGUGAUUGUUAACUAUGAGAAUGCAGAGCUCUCACCUCGGGAGCGUGCCAUGCUAGAUUUUGCCAUGGCUGUGUGUCGCUGCGACACGAUCACAGAAAAGCACUUCCAGUCACUGGAGGAAGUGGGCUUUGACCGAGAGGAUGCCUGGGACAUCGCCGCCAUUGCUGCUUUCUUUGCCAUGUCCAACCGGCUCGCCCACCUCACAGACAUGAGGCCAAACACAGAGUUUUAUAACAUGGGCCGUGUUCCACGGGACAAGAGCAAGGACAAGGCAGAUGGAGAGAACAAAUGAAAAAGGGCCACUGUUACAGAUCGGAUAAUCAAAGGUCAGACCACUUACAUUAUGCAAACUUUGAAGCACAAAUUGUUGCACAUUUGAUUUACUUUAUUUUGUCUCCCUACCUUGUGUGAAUGAUGGGAUGUUCUUGAUUAUUUUGUAUAUUUUGCAAUACUAGAUGUACAAAUACUUAACCUGAACUACACUGCACUCCAUUAGCCUGACUAAGCCGCUGUUGGGCAGCAGGUAUACAAGUGAAUGGAUUAUGAACUUGUGUCUGCCUUCUUUUAUUGAUUAAGUCAUUCUGUCAUUUUACUGUUUUGAUUUUAGGUGGUUGUUCAUUUAACACUUGGUUGGGAAAGUUGUUUUUUUUUUUUUUUUUCUGUUAGAUGUUCAAUAUAUUAACACAUAAAUGAGCAGAAACACAAUAUCUUAAAUGUAGUAAAGCUUUCAUAAUAAAUACAUAUUUUGUUCAUUGUAACCAACACAGUCAUGUAAAACUCAGUCUAUUAAUGCAUUUUUUUGUCAUUCACUGAUGGGAGAUACUCUUUGUUUAAAUGUGUUCCUUUAUUCAGAGUUACUGUCACUGCCAGAAAGAUUGUAAAUACUGUAUGUUGCUGGCAAGAAAAUGCCUGUACUUCCCUCUCCUCCUUUCUAAAUAAAUUAUAUUUUUCUUGAUUUCAA